CGACCGGAUUUCGGGGUUCGUCAUGUUCAAGUUGCUGCUUUGCUAUUUUCUGCUCUCCGCUGAGGACGGAUGGGCCUUUAACCAUGGCCAGGACUUAGUGGACUUUCAAACUUACGAGACAACAUUCAACAAGGAGUAUGCGUCGACCUCAGCGCGCAACUUUGCCAAUUACUACUUCAUCUACAACCGCAACCAGGUGGCUCAGCACAAUGCCCAGGCGGACCGGAAUCGUACCACUUAUCGCGAGGCGGUCAAUCAGUUCUCGGACAUUCGCUUGAUCCAGUUCGCAGCCCUUCUGCCCCAGGCCUUAUCCACGGUGUCGUCGGCGGCCAGUGACCCACCCACCACCCAAACGGCAGCCGCCUCCUACGAUAUCAUCACGGACUUCGGACUGACCGUAGCAGUGGAGGACCAAGGAGUUAACUGCAGCAGCAGUUGGGCCUACGCCACCGCCAAGGCCGUGGAGAUUUUGAAUGCUGUGCAAACGGCUAAUCCACUGCCCUCCUCCUUGUCCGCCCAGCAACUGCUCGAUUGCGCGGGAAUGGGCUCCGGAUGCAGCACACAGACACCCCUGGCUGCCCUGAACUACCUCACCCAGCUGACGGAUGCGUAUUUGUAUCCGGAGGUGGACUACCCCAAUAACAACACACUAAAAACUCCGGGAAUGUGCCAGCCUCCCUCCUCAGUGUCAGUGGGUGUGAAGUUAGCCAGCUACUCCGCAGUAGCCGACAACGAUGACGCCGCUGUAAUGCGUUACGUAUCGAACGGGUUUCCUGUAAUCGUGGAGUACAAUCCGGCAACCUUCGGCUUUAUGCAAUACUCCAGUGGGGUGUACGUGCAGGAGGCGAAGGCCCUGACCAACCCCAAGAGCUCACAGUUCUUGGUGGUCGUGGGCUACGAUCACGACGCGGACUCCAAUUUGGACUUCUGGCGGUGCCUGAACUCCUUCGGAGAUACGUGGGGCGAGGAAGGUUAUAUCAGAAUCGUGCGCAGGUCCAACCAGCCCAUUGCCAAGAAUGCUUUCUUCCCCAGUGCACUGGCCUAGAGAGAAGGCUUUUCCACACUUAAAAUAAACAUACUUAAAAUAAACAACUUGUUACGAUA